AUGAGGAACCACCACAAGCUAGCUCCUACCCCUUCCUCCUCCUCAAAGAGCAACAACAAGGCCGAGCAGCCACACCUCUCAGGAGCUUACAUUAGGAGCCUUGUGAAGCAGCUCAGCUCCUCCUCAUCUGCAGCAAGAUCCAAAGACCACAGCACCAUGGGCACCAGCAAGCCACAUAGCCAGCCACCACAAGAAGACGACCUCCUGCAGCAGCAGGCCCAAACAGCACCACCACCACAGCAGCAGCAGCAGCCACACAAGAAGCAGGUGAGGAGGAGGCUGCACACAAGCAGGCCGUACCAGGAGAGGCUGCUCAACAUGGCAGAGGCCAGGAGAGAGAUUGUCACAGCUCUCAAGAUCCAUAGGGCCUCCACGAGACAAGCCAAAGAGCAGCAGCAGCAGCAACAGUUGAUGGAGCUGCAGCUGCAGCGACAACAAGAGGUUCAUCAUCUAGUGCAAGAGCCAAGCCAAGCAGCAACUGGAGCUUCGUCUGCGCCGAGCUAUGCUUCCUACUACUCAGAUUACUUGUACAACUCUCCAUUUUCACAUUUCACUGCUCCUACUCCUAGUAGCUAUUCUUCAUCCCCACUGAUGAUCACUUACGACGCACCAGUUGCGCCGCCCAUGCUCAAUAGUUCUGAGCAUAACUUAGAUGACCACUUGGUCCCUCUUCCUGCACAGCCGCUAGGUCUAAACCUUAGCUUUCAGGGAUUCAAUAGUAGUUCUGUCAUCGGUGAUGACACCAAGAACAGCACUUGUUCUUUUGAUCCUCCAUUACUCCAACCAUCACCAGCUUCCUCCUACUCAGUCUACUCCUCUCCGUUGGUGACUAUGGUGAGCCACGACCUGUCCGCCGUCACCAUGGAGAACACUUCACUGGCAGCAGAUCCAUCGUUGCACCGAGUGCUUGAUGAUGAGGAGAUGGCGGCGAUCUACUCGAUCGGGCAGCAGCACGACAUUGAGUGGAGCGAUACCAUGAACCUGGUCACGUCAGCGUGGUGGAGCAAGCUCCUUGAGAGCAUCGAAGACAAAGGCAACGGGACAGUAGUCGAUCAGGAGGCCGGAGGAGCUGCCAACGUGACGGAGGAUCCGUCGUUGGUGGACAUGCCCGAUUGGGUUAGCGAUAGCCUUGGCCAUGUGGCUACCCAAGAAAGCAACUCUGACUUCCCUGGGAUACAUUUGAAUGACUACUACCAUCAGGACGAAGAUGUCUCCUUGGCCUUGCCCCGUAUGGACAUUGGAGAUAUAGAAGGAUGGGAUACAGAAUGGUUCUCUUGA